AUGUCCUCUACCACUCGAAGGACAGAGAAUGACUGGGAGGAAUUGACUACCCCACUUUGUUUUGUGGGGUUGAUGGCACUAGAACGCCUCGAUGAUACAGAACGAUCACAUCCAAGCUCCAAUGAACCGGAGAAGAUUCAGCGAUUCCGCUCGCUCGCUGCACCAUUUCCUCCCGGGGAAGGGACCAGGUCAUUCGGUGGGCAUGUAUAUGCUCAGUCCGCAUAUGCGGCAUCCAAAACCGUCGGAAAGGGCUUUGUUGUUCAUGAUAUGACCGGCACAUUCAUUGUCGGCGGAAGGCUGGACGUCCCCUAUGUAUAUUCUGUGCGCCAUGUUCGCGACGGGUAUAUGUAUUGUACUCGAGCAGUGGAUGCUCGACAGGAUGGAAAGAUCUGCUUUUCUUGUCUAUGUUCAUUCAAGCGAGAUGAAAAUCAAAAGAAUUUCCAUCACCAACCUCCAGCCGUGCAGGGGCGAUUUCGCGAAAUUCUUGAACAGCGACCCGAAGAUCAACCCGUUAGUCCUAGUGUUGACGCGGACUGGUGGAUCGAGGCCGUGGCGCAGGGGAACUUCGAGGAGCGAGAGUUCCCGGGGCUCGACGUACGCAAAGUCGAUAUGAAGGAAUAUAACCAGUCGAAAUUGAUCCAAAAUCGACCGGAGAAGUAUCGCCAAUUGACGCAAUAUUGCCUGAAGGGAUCACCAGAUGAAGACCCGAAAGCCACUCUCGCCCAAAUAAAGGCACGAGAGGCCGACGGUGAAUACGACAAUCUAUAUGCAUGUGCACAUAUGUACUCCAGCGACAGAAACUCCCUUCUUUUGAUUCCUCGGGCCCUUGGCAUCAAACACUGGGCUGAAAUGGCAAGUCUUACUUUGACUGUGAUUAUUCAUCAACAUGGCGAGGCAUUGAGGAUGAUUGAUUGGGAUGCUACAGGAGUUGAAAAUUCCUCCGAUGUGACCAUGAAGUGGUUUGUCCAGGAAGGCUGGACACCCCAGUCAGCAGAGAACAGAGCGGUACAUGAAAGUCAUUUGUGGAGCCCGGAUGGCACUUUGGUUGCGACAUCGUUGCAGGACAGCAUGCUUCGAUUGCGAAAGCUUGGGCGUGCGGGGAACCUAUAG